GUUGCCAUGAGGACACCAAUGCAACAUGAAACAUCCUGUCCGUGUUCCUUUUUGUGUGGCUCAACUUUCUUGAAAGAAAAUAUCACCUUCUAAAUGUCAUAUUUUUGAAUCCAAAAAAAGGAGCAGUGAAAAUGACAGAGCAUGACAACUGUUUCUUCGAUGUUUGUUGGACCAAGAUCCUUGUCAAACUACUGUGUAGUUAUGAAAAGCUACUUCCUGUCAUAUAAAAGUCUCCCAUGCAGGCAGCUCACCAUCACAGACUGCGUUUGGGGGCUUUCUGCAUGUUGGCAGCUGGCAUGGCGUUAAGGUCAGAAGCUCCGCCUCCACUGUCGCCAUCUUGUCCCCACUCAUGCGUCUGUGACAUGACCACAUGGCGGGUCAACUGCUCCUACGGCGGCCUCAGCACUGUUCCCGAGACUCUCCCUUCUGACACCACCACCCAGCUGAACCUGAGCCACAACGCCAUCAGGAUUUUGGUGCCUCAGCGCUUCCGAUCCCUGACUCGACUUAUAGACUUGGAUUUGAGUGACAACCUGCUGGCGUACAUCCAGGUGGACGCUUUCCUCGGUUUGAGAAGCCUCGUCAAUCUGUGCCUAGCUCGUAACCUCUUAAAGAUUCUUCCAGUUGGAGCAUUUUCCGGCUUGUCGGAGCUGCAGCUGCUAGACGUGAGCAGCAAUGAGCUCCUGGGCUUCCUUGAUUUCACUUUCAGAGGCGUGGCGCGGCUGCGUGUGAUCCAAGCGCUGCAAAACGACCUGGUCUUCAUCUCUCGCCAGGCCUUCGCCGGCCUGAUCAGUCUUCGCCAGCUCUACCUAGACGCUUGCAACGUGACUUCUGUGCCCACAGAGGCGCUGACCCAUGUUGUUGGGCUGACGAGUUUAUAUUUGCAGCGUUUCGACUCUAGCUCGCUGCCGGGCCACGCUUUCAUUGGCUUGGCGCGCCUCAAGCAGCUUGUCGUCACGGAUUGGCCCCGACUGGAGGCGCUGUCAGCAAACAGCCUCGUCGGCCUCAAUUUGACAUCUCUCACGAUUAGAAAAUGCAACCUCAGCACUGUCCCUUAUGUCCCUCUGCAUCAUCUGGUCUAUCUGGUCCACCUUGACCUGUCCUAUAACCCCAUCACUUACAUCCAGGCCAACCAACUCGGCGAGCUCCCCAGGCUCCAAGAGCUUCACCUCGUCGGAGGACGUCUUCUGCACAUUGAGCUCAUGGCUUUUGCUCGUUUGACGCACCUGAACCUCCUCAAUGUGUCUGGAAACCUCCUGAGCACGCUACAGGAGGGCGUCUUUCAUUCCGCGCACGCCCUGCAAAAUCUCGGCCUGGACGCCAACCCCCUUUCCUGCGACUGCCGCCUGCUGUGGCUCGUCCGCCGUCGCUCUUCACUGAGCUUCGGCGGACACGCUCCGAUGUGCAGCAGCGCUCUCCACUCGUGGGGUUGGCGGAAUUUCCUGGAGUGCGCCAAAGCGGAAGCCCUGCUCACGUGCCGGCCGCCUCGCAUCAAAAGACACCAACUCCAGCAGGUGAGGGCGGAUCAGGGCCACACGGUGCUUUUCUACUGCAGUGCUGAAGGUGACCCCGCGCCAUCUGUCACCUGGUUGAGCCCACAGCGAAGAGCUUUCGGCGAAGUGGGCAGAAUACGUGCACUCGCCAAUGGCUCGCUGGAAGUUCGCUUUGCUCAGCCUCAGGACAGCGGCACUUAUUGCUGCGUGGCAUCCAACGUGGCGGGAAAUGACACGUGGCCUGUCACCCUCCACGUUCGAGGUUUCUCCUCAUCCCCCAACCCUUUUCAUCUUAAAAGCUGGCUGGCCUUUCCGUCCACCUCUCCCGGGGAUGCGAGCGGAUCGCAGGAACUCCCGAUCGACGUCAAGACGGUGCUCAUAGCGGCGUCCAUCGGCUUACUUUCAUUUUUUGGUUCGGUGAGCUUGUGCUUCAUCUUCAUGUUCUUGUGGUAUAAGGGCAAAGGGCAGAGGAAGCACACCGCCACCAUUGCGUACGUGCCACGCAGCGCCGUGGUGAGGAGAGAUGGCAGCGCAGGCAACUACAUGGAUACCAGCAAGUUUACCAUGAAACUGAUGUAAAAUAUCCAGUGAUUUAAAAAGUUGCACAAUAAAACAUUAGGCAAUAUUUGCAUACAUUUGUAUUACUUAAAUCAGGGGUGUCAAAAUUGUUUUCAAUGAGCGCCACAUCGCAUGUAUGACUGCCAUCAUGAAUUUGUCUAUGCAUUUGAUUAGCAUAUGUAUUUUUAUGUAACUAUUAAAAAAAAAGCUAUCUGUAGAUUUUACAGUAAACAACUGGCAAUUUAGUCAACAGAAUUUGGCUGUAAAAUAUGCAGCUGAGACAGGCUCCAGGGACUCUGAAAGGGACAAGUGGUAGAAAUGGAUGGGGUGGAUGGAUACAGUCACUUUUACAACAAAUUUUGGUAAAUGGGAAAACAGUACUACUGUUUUUUGUUUUUUUUACAAUAACAAACUGGCAGCUUAGUUGUCAGAAUUUUACUGUAAAAUAUAUGGUGUUUUUACAAUAUGUUACUGGAAAUGGAAAAAGGACACACUUUUAUGUUGAAUUCGGCAAAUGAGCUGCCAAUUUUUAUUGUAAAAAACUGGGCUACUGUUCUUCCAUUAACAGUAAUAUAUUGUUAGAACAACAACUGUAACUUUGAUUUCACCUCGGUGAUUGAUAAAGUAUUUCUGAUUUCUGAUAAAUCUUUUGUUUAAAAAAAAAAAAACUGGCAGCUCAGACCUUGUAAUUUUAAUUUGACCGUAAAAAACAGCGAUAGGCUUUUUCAAUCUACAGUAAAUAGAGGUUAAAAACCCUGAUUAUUAGAAAAUAUAUAUUGUCAUUUUUUAAAUUUGAUAAAUGAUUUGCUUCGAAAUCAGUAUUUAUUUUAACACAUUUUUUUUUAGACAAUAUGAUAAUUGUUGCAAUAAUGUGGUCCAUGAAUCAUCCAUCUAUCCAUCCAUUUCCUAUCGCUUGUCCCUUUUGGGGUCACGGGGGGUGCUGAAGCCAAUCUCAGCUGCACUAAAGUAUAAAAUGUAGGUAAUUUCAAGCUGUACAUAUAAAUUUUUUGUCAAACUGAAUGCAUACAUUUAGUAAGAAAAUAUAUGGUUCUUUAUUGACCUAUAUUAUUUCCAGGCAUUUGUGGGCUAUAUACAAUGAUGUGGUGGGCUAGAUCUGGCCUCCGGUUCUUGAAUUUGAAGCAUGUGUCCUAAAUAUGAGAGAGAGAGCGAGAGAGAGAGAGAGAGAGAGAGAGAGAGAGAGAGAGAGAGAGAGAGAGAGAGAGAGACGGACAGACAGACAGAACUUUAUUGAUUCCUUCAGGAGAGUUCCCUGAGGAAAAUUAAAAUAUGAUGUAGAGUGAAUUCCAAACAAACUGAUUUAGUACAGAUUGUAUGUUCACUUUACUGACAAAUUGCCUCAUGUCAGCAGCAUGUCGAGAGAAAAUAUACAUGCAACCUUAUAUUAAGGGUCUUUUGGCACGUUUGAACUUGAUUCC